AUGAGUAAAGGCCUCAAGUUGACAUUCCGUCGACGUCUUCGUCACCGCCAAUCUAUAGGUUUUUCGCUCCUGACUCUGGCUGACCCGUGUGACUCCUUCUCGGCUCCACGCCUUCGGCGCAAUUGCUCUCCACCCCCAAACUCCCCUCCUGCUACAGAAACGUCGUCGCGUCAACUUUUCACAGUGAUGGACUCGUUAGACGACAGCAGCAAUGCCGACGAGCAGGCGCAAUCCCUACUGGGAAGGACCGCUCCUCGGCGCAGAAAUUUCUGUCCCCAUAUGCUAACGCAACCACGACAUCGGAUUUGGGGCUCUAUUGCUGCUUUAUUAAUUGCCGUUCCCGUCGUCGCCGCGCUAUAUCUUACAUUCUUUGGGAUAACGGGCACCUUGACAUCAGAACUACCCUGCAAUACUCAUGACUGUGUAAUCACCGCCGGGCGGAUAUUGCAAAAUAUGAAUUUUUCAGUAGAUCCUUGUGAGGACUUCUACGAAUUCAGCUGCGGCGGCUGGAUUCAAGAACAUCCUAUUCCUGACGACAAGUCACAGGUCGGGACUUUUGAUACACUUGUCGAGAAAAAUUUGAGAAUUCUGAAAGAUGCGUUUGAGAGCCCGUACGCUCCUGACUCCACCCUGCCACCAGAAGAAGAGACGUUUAACCGCCAGAACUUUGACAAAGUUCAGCAUCUUUAUCUCAGCUGUAUUAAUGAAACACAGAUCGAAGGCGAAGGAAAGGAGCCAAUAGUUGCAACACUGAAGAAAGUGGUCAAGGAUUUUCCGUUGGGGAUUGAUAACAAAUUGGAUGCUCAUAAAACUAUUCUUGCGAUAGCAGCAGCGCAUGACGUUAACGCUGCUGCACUGUUUGGGAUGUCUGUGGGACAAGACGACAAGGACCCCGACCACAACGUGAUCAUGUUCGCACAGAGUGGACUCUCUCUGCCAAGCAAAGAGUAUUAUGACAAUGCCCAGUACAUAAAAACGCUAACGGAUGCUAUAGCCAAGUCUUUUUCUUUCAUUCUGCCUGAUGUGACUCCCGAUAACACAGUCGAUUGGGAGAGUUUGGCCAAGGGCGUUGUCAAUGUCGAAUCAGAACUGGCAAAGAUAUCGUUACCGAGCUCUGAACUUACCGAUCCUAGCAAGCUGUAUAAUGCGUAUACCAUCCCGACAUUGAAAGCGAAGAGUCCGUUUAUUCCAUGGGACUCGUACCUCCUCGCGAGGUUUCCACCAAGUCAUUUCUCCGACGUUAUUAAUGAUUCGACCAGGCUUAUUGUCACCGUACCCACGUUCUUCGGAAAUCUGUCGUCCACUCUGUCCAACAUCAGUCCCCAAGAUAUGCAAAACUAUAUAUUAUGGCAUUAUAUCUACAAUUACGCAGAUCAUACUGCCAAAUCUCUUAAAGAUCUAUUGAAUGAGCUGAAGGAGAAAACGGGCCAAAAAGCAAAGCUGGAACCUCCGCGCUGGAGGACCUGUCUUGGGAGAACAGAUGCCUUUCUUGGAGAGGUAGCAGGUCGCUGGUUCGUGACUCGUGUUUUUGGGGGGGACAGUAAGAAGGCUGCUUCCUCUACCGUGGAGUAUAUUAGGCAAGCUUUUGUCCAGCGCUUGCCGCGAAUUGAUUGGCUCGAUAAGAUUACGCGAGAGCGAGCGAUUGAAAAAGCAAAUUCUCUCAUCAAGAAGAUUGGUUAUGCGAACAUUGUUAUGCAGCCGAAAGCGCUCGCCGAAAAGUAUCGGGAUGCUGCCGUCUAUCCUGACAAGUAUUUCGAAAAUAUCUUGUCCGUUACGAAAUGGCACAUUCAUGAAAACUUGAAAGAUAUCAUCAAGCCCGUGGAUCGAGCCAGAUGGGAAAUGACUCCAGCAACCGUCAAUGCUUAUUACAACCCAACCAUGAAUGAAAUUGUAUUUCCGGCAGGAAUACUUCAACCUCCGUUUUAUAGUAUUAAGGAUCCGCAAUAUCUUAACUAUGGUGCUAUCGGAAUGGUUGUCGGCCAUGAACUUACACACGCAUUUGAUAAUAUGGGCCGACAAUAUGAUUCUCAUGGCCGCUUAGUGGAUUGGUGGACAAACGCGACGCAAAGAGAAUUUUCUAAACGGGCGGGAUGUUUUAUUGAGCAGUAUAGCCAAUAUACUGUCCUGGAUCCCGAUGGAAAGCCACAGCCAAUUGACGGAACAUUGACACUGGGCGAGAACCUAGCUGACAACGGCGGGGCUACCCGUGCCCUGGAGGCUUGGAGAAUGGAUUUGGAAGCGCCUGGUGGAGCGCAGAGGAACCCGAUGCUACCUGGAUUUGAUGGCUUCAGCAAGGAGCAAAUCUUCUACAUUUCUUUUGCCCAAGUCUGGUGCGGCAAUACACGACCUGAACUGGCGCUCCGGAGGCUACGAACUGACCCCCAUUCCCCUAAUAAGUACCGAGUGAUCGGUGCGCUGGUUAACUCUGUGGAAUUUGCGCAGGUGUACAGUUGCCCAGUGGGUUCCGCAAUGAAUCCUGAGAAGAAGUGCUUAAUUUGGUAAAACAAGAAUUGACGAACACACAUUUAUUUCCCAACUGUCGUUUGUGAUCUGCUGCAAUCAAACAAUAGCAUUUGCGGUCCAAAGCCACCAUUAGGAUUUUGUCUACGAACCGGCCCUAUUCCCAGGCCGAGAACCUGGCAUGGGCAGUGGACGCGGUACGUGAACUCAACAUGGAAUGGCACUUACACUCCUCCUUGAGACAGCCCACGGAUGAACAUUUUGUAGUAGGACGGGUCGAAAGUGGAUGAUUUCAGGGAUGAGCUGGACGUUGUGGACGAGAUAGCUCGGGGGAGCCAGUCCGUCGGUUUUUCCAACGUGGGGAGAUAGAUACAUUCAUCGGGCGAAGCGAGUUCGAUUUAGGUAGACAGUUGAGAUGCCAUGAAUUUGGUUGGGAUCAACUUCUCAUGGGACAAGAGUCCCAGCAUGAGGGAGACCUGGUAUCGCCGGGUACAAGCGUUAGUUCCGUAGGUAGCUGUGUAUAAACUGUGGUUGUGACGACUGG